ACAACAACAACAAAUACCCACCCUCCUCUCCGCUACGUCCGCUACGAUGGCGCCCGCGAAGAUGAAUAUGUCCCGGCCAUGCGCCAACUAAUCUCGAAAGACCUCUCCGAGCCCUACAGCAUCUACGUCUACCGCUACUUCCUCUACCAAUGGGGGGAUCUAUGCUUCAUGGCCAUGGACGAUUCACCCCCGUCUUCCUCCCCCGCACCCGAAACCACAGCACCCCCCUCCUCAUCAUUACCGCAGCAGCGCAUGGUCGGCGUCGUCGUCUCGAAACUCGAACCGCACCGCGGCGGGCCUCUGCGCGGAUACAUCGCCAUGCUCGCCGUAAAGGAGGAGUACCGCGGCCGGGGCAUCGCCACCAAGCUCGCGCGGAUGGCGAUUGAUGCGAUGAUCGAGCGGGAUGCGGACGAGAUCGUCCUCGAAACCGAAAUCACCAACACGGCCGCCAUCAAACUCUACGAACGGCUGGGCUUCCUGCGCAGCAAGCGGCUCCAUCGGUACUAUCUCAAUGGGAACUCGGCCUAUCGGCUCGUGCUAUAUCUCAAGGAAGGCGUGGGGUCGAUGCGCACGACGCUCGAUCCUUAUGGGGGUCCGGCUCCGGCGCAGGCUCCGGCG